UCAGCGGGGAGUCAUGAAGAGGAGUGGCACACCAGUGUGGGACAGAAGGAGCUACAGGCCCCCUCCCACAUUAAAGAGGAGCAGCUUCAUGAUGAAGAUGAAGCUCAGUCCUUACAGCUUCAUCACAGUCAAAGUGAGGAGAACAGAGGGGCGGAGCUUGUAAGUCAACACAUCACAGAAGCUGAUGGAGAGCAUUGUGAAGAUAUCAAGUCAGAACCAGACAGCAUCUUUGCUCCACUGUCAGACAUGGACCACAUGAUGUCACACUCUUCUGAUCACAGUGACCACAUCCAAAAACCUUUGGAGAGUAAAAAUGACUCUAAAGGUGAUACGAGACAUCACACUAACAACAAACACUUUGACUGCUCUGAAUGUGGGAAAUCAUUUAGACAGAAGAGUCAUUUUACAGAACACAUGAGAAUACAUACUGGAGAGAAACCUUUUACUUGCUCUGUUUGUAAGAAUAGUUUCUCCACAAAGCAAGUCAUGACCACACACAUGAGAACACACACUGGAGAGAAACCUUUUGCUUGCUCUGUUUGUAAAAAGAGUUUCUCCAGAAAGGAACACAUGACCACACACAUGAGAACACACACUGGAGAGAAACCUUUUACUUGCUCUGUUUGUAAGAAGAGUUUCUCCAGAAAGGGUGACAUGACCACACACAUGAGAACACACACUGGAGAGAAACCUUAUGCUUGCUCAGCUUGUGCUAAAAGAUUCAACACUAAGAAAGUCAUGAUCACACACAUGAGAACACACACAGGUGAGAAACAUUUUACUUGCUCUGUUUGUAAGAAGAGUUUCUCCAGAAAGGGUGACAUGACCACACACAUGAGAACACACACUGGAGAGAAACCUUUUGCUUGCUCAGCUUGUGCUAAAAGAUUCAACACUAAGAAGGAACUUAUAUUACACGUGAGAACACACACAGGUGAGAAACCUUUUACGUGCUCCGUUUGUAAGAAGAGUUUCUCCACAAAACAGUACAUAACCACACACAUGAGAACACACACUGGAGAGAAACCUUUUGCUUGCUCAGCUUGUGCUGAAAGUUUCAACACUAAGAAGGAACUUAUAUUACAUGUGAGAACACACACAGGUGGUAAACCUUUUACUUGCGCCGUUUGUAAGAAGAGUUUCUCCAGAAAGGAACACAUGACCAGACACAUGAGAACACACACUGGAGAGAGACCUUUUGUUUGCUCAGCUUGUGCUAAAAGAUUCAACACUAAGAAGGAAAUGAUAUUACACAUGAGGACACACACAGGUGAGAAACCCUUUGCUUGCUCUGUUUGUAAGAAGAUUUUCUCCAGAAAGGAACACAUGACCACACACAUGAGAACACACACUGGAGAGAAACCUUUUACUUGCUCUGUUUGUAAGAAGAGUUUCUCCAGAAAGGGUGACAUGACCAUACACAUGAGAACACACACUGGAGAGAAACCUUUUGCUUGCUCAGCUUGUGCUAAAAGAUUCAACACUAAAAAGAAAAGUAUAUUACACAUGAGAACACACACUGGAAAGAAACCUUUUGCUUGCUCAGCUUGUGCUAAAAGAUUCAACACUAAGAUUGAAAUGAUGUUACACAUGAGAACACACACAGGUGAGAAACCUUUUACUUGCUCUGUUUGUAAGAAGAGUUUCUCCAGAAAAGAACACAUGACCACACACAUGAGAACACACACUGGAGAGAAACCUUAUACUUGCUCUGUUUGUAAGAAGAGUUUCUCCAGAAAGGGUGACAUGACCAUACACAUGAGAACACACACUAGAGAGAAACCUUUUGCUUGCUCAGCUUGUGCUAAAAGAUUCAACACUAAGAAGAAAAUUAUAUUACACAUGAGAACACACUCAGGUGAGAAACCUUUUACUUGCUCUGUUUGUAAGAAGAGCUUCUCCAGAAAGGAACACAUGACUACACACAUGAGAACACACACUGGAGAGAAACCUUUUACUUGCUCUGUUUGUAAGAAGAGUUUCUCCAGAAAGGGUGACAUGACCAUACACAUGAGAACACACACUGGAGAGAAACCUUUUGCU